CGUGGUGGUGGUUUCCCUUAGAGUGCUUAUGUUCAUAGCUUCCUACAAGACAUACGCAACAAUGUGGACAAAUGUUCAAACUACACAAUGCAUUUUGCUGGCUUUUUUAACAGGCUGCUCUGGUGAGUCUGUGUGUGAUCAAGAUGAGGAAAGCUGUGUCAACCGAGACGUCUAUGACAAAAAGGUCCCAGCAAUCCCGGUCACACUGAAAAAAGAAGGGGCCAAAGAGGUCUUUUUUGUGGGCAGUCCAAUCAGUUUAAUUCACAAAGGUGCCUUUGCCACAAAUCCUCAGCUUGAGAAGGUUGAGUUCCUUGGUACCCCUACAGAUUCUAUUGAACCUGGAGCAUUUGAGGGCUUAAAUAACAUUAACAGUAUUGAGAUAUCUAACACACCGCUGAAGUCACUUUCUGUGGGAGUCUUUCAGGAUUUGACCAGCCUUGAAAAUCUUGUCCUGAAAAGCAACAAAAUCCAGAGUUUACAGAAGGGAUUGUUUGAUGGUCUUGAGAAACUCAAAGAUCUACAGCUGCAUAUAAAUGAAAUUGCUACCAUCGAGGAUGGGAUAUUCGAUCAGCUAGAAAAUCUUCAGAAUCUUCAUCUGGCAAAAAAUAAACUCAGCUCCAUUUCAUCAUCUCUCGUCUCAAAAUUGAAGAAACUCAAAGUAAUCAGACUGUAUGAAAAUGAAUUACCAUCUCUACCUGAUGGAAUAUUUGACAAUCUGCAAGAAAUUACAGAGAUUGCUUUACAAAACAACAAAAUAUCAUACAUACAGCCACAGCUAAUUCUGCAUAAAGAUAAUUUAGUAAAGUUACUUUUAGACAACAACCUCUUGACAGAGUUGCCACUGCAGAUGUUUGUCAACUUUCCAUUACUUAAAACAUUGACACUGCACAGUAAUCAAUUAACACAUCUGCCACCAAACUUAUUUGGAGAAAUGCCUAAGCUUACAGAGUUAAGUUUGAAGAGCAACAAUCUCACCACACUUCCUCCAGGAGGUCUGAGUGUUCUUUCAAAGCUCAAAAGAUUGGAUCUGUCAGAGAAUCUGUUUGAAACUGUGGCAGGAGAGUUUUUUGUUGGUUUGGAGAAGGUCGGAGAUCUUAAUCUUCAGAAAAAUUUUAUUACAUCCCUUACAUCAGACAAUUUUGAGCCAUUAAAAAACUCUAUAUCAACCCUGAAACUUUCUAGAAACCAACUGAAAUGGCUACCAAAUGAUGUUUUCAGUUCUCUACCGAAACUGAGUAAAUUAUACCUGGAUGGCAAUCCUUGGCAUUGUGACUGUAACCUGAAACCCUUUUACGAAUGGAUUAAAUCCAAUCCCAAAAUGUUAAAAUCUGUAGUACUAUGUGCCUCACCUGAGUCUUUGAAAGGCCAAGAGAUCAUCAAACUAGAAGAAAGUGUCUUAAUAUGUCCCACAACAAUACCUACAACAACACCGCUUAUGACAACAACAACAACAACCACAACAUUACCUACAACCACAACAAUACCAACAAUGACACCGCUUAUGACAACAACAACACCAACAACCACAACAUUACCUACAACAACACUGCUUUUGACAACUCCACCAACCACUACUGAACGUACAACAACUUUAAGAACAACAGCAAUUACAACAACUUUAAGAACAACAAUUACAACACAGCCCACCACACCUGUGGACCAUGUGACCCCAACAGAGAAGAGGAGAAGACCAUACACAACCCCACCACGAAGAAGCACACCCCUACCUACCACCAAUGCCACUAAAAAGCCAGACCAGGGUGAGGACAGUCAUUUGAUCAUCAUUGUAGUGGUCUGCAUGGCCGCCAUCGUCAGUACCUUUUUAGGCGUGGCCUGCUGGAAAAGGUACAAGAGAGAUAGCAGAGACUUGCACCAGCAGCCAAAGUCAAACUCAGUCAUCUUGCCCAUUUUACAAAAGGUUGAAAUCAGAGGUAUUUGA